GCAGCUAAUAAAGGGAAACUGAGAAGAUGAGCCAGAGGAGACUACGUGAACGAGGAAGGGGCCGUUGUACAAGACAUGAUGCUUCGGGAACUCCCGAGCUAUGAUUUCUGUUUUUACAUACAAAGCCCUAGGAAGCUGGAGGGGGAAGCAAAAAAACUCAGAAUCUAAAAUCCUCUGGGAUGAUGUUUCUCAUUGCGCCUAGAAACUCGCGCUGGGCGUGUGUCCUGCACGGGGUUAAGGAAUCCAAAGAGGCGCCGACUGAAAGUCGCUGCGCGGAAUCGGCACUUGGCGCUUUACGGGGUUGCGCUCCGAAGACGCGUCCGCGCACCAUUUUCCCAGGCGUUGCGCGGGUUUCCUAAAACACCCAGCUGCUGCUUCAGAAGGGAGUUUCUAGAAGCUCCUUCUCUACUGCCUCCCCUCCUCCCCUUUUGGUUUUUACCCCUGUGAGAAGCUUCGCCUGCUCCACUGCGUCCGCCCUCCGAGGGAUACAGAUGGUGAUCAUGGCAGGGACGGUGAUGCUGGCGUACUACUUCGAAUACACGGACACGUUCACUGUGAACGUGCAGGGCUUCUUCUGCCACGACAGCGCCUACCGCAAGCCCUACCCGGGCCCGGAGGACAGCAGCGCCGUGCCCCCCGUGCUCCUCUACUCGCUGGCCGCCGGGGUCCCCGUGCUCGUGAUAAUAGUUGGAGAAACUGCUGUGUUUUGCCUACAACUGGCCACAAGGGAUUUUGAAAACCAGGAGAAAACUAUUUUAACUGGAGACUGUUGCUAUAUAAACCCACUGGUGAGGAGAACUGUGCGAUUUCUUGGAAUUUAUACGUUUGGACUGUUUGCUACAGACAUCUUUGUAAAUGCUGGACAAGUAGUUACAGGAAAUCUGGCUCCACAUUUUCUCGCCCUGUGUAAACCCAACUACACGGCACUUGGGUGUCAGCAGUAUACGCAGUUCAUCAGUGGGGAAGAGGCCUGCACGGGCAACCCGGAUCUCAUCAUGAGAGCAAGGAAAACAUUUCCAUCCAAAGAAGCGGCUCUCAGUGUCUAUGCAGCUAUGUAUCUGACAAUGUACAUUACCAACACAAUCAAAGCCAAAGGAACAAGACUUGCUAAGCCCGUUCUAUGCCUGGGCUUAAUGUGUUUGGCCUUUCUUACUGGGCUCAACAGAGUAGCAGAAUAUCGAAAUCAUUGGUCCGAUGUGAUAGCAGGCUUUCUGGUUGGAAUAUCUAUAGCAGUAUUUCUGGUCGUGUGUGUGGUAAAUAAUUUCAAAGGAAGACAACCAGAAAAUGAGCAUAUACACACAGAUAAUCUGGCACAGAUGCCAAUGAUCAGCAUUCCUCGAGUAGAAAGUCCUUUGGAAAAGGUAACAUCUGUACAGAACCACAUCACUGCCUUCGCAGAAGUCACAUGAUAUUGAAGCAGAUGGUCUUUCACUGCAUUGGACAUCAUCCCUUUUCACCAUCCAUUCAUAACACCCAAAGUGUGUUUGAUGACAAAAACGUUUAUCAAGUUGUCUAAUCAUUUUUAUAAUUUAAAAAUCAGUGUCAACUUAUCUGUUUCCCCCACUAGACUGUGAGCUCCUCAAGGGCAGGACUGUGUCUUUCUUCUCUGUCUCCCCAGCACCUAUGACAAAGCCUCACACAGAGUAGGUUCAAUAAAAAAUGAUGACCAAUGAACAAAAAUUAAUUCUGAAAUAAAACAUUCACUUCAGUUUCUCACAGAAUCACUGAGACCAUGUGAAAAGAAACCUCUACGCGAGUCGUAUUUGUGUAAGAAGUCCCUCUAUUUUGAGCUAGUCAAGCUUUUUAAUUUUUCAUGUAUCUUCUAUUCGGCAGCACACCAUGUUUCAUUUGAAGUGGACUUUGAAAGUCAUGGGGGUUUUUAUUUCAUUAUUCAGCAUGACUUAUUUCCAUUCUAACAGAUUUCAGUGUGUGAAAUUACUUUACUUUUAGAAAGUAUGUUCUGUACUAAAAUAAUGUUUGCACAUAAUAUUAUGCUAUAUUUCACUUAAAAUACCAUUCAUACUAUAAAUUCUAAGACUGGUGCUUCUGCUUUUGAAGGGGAAAAUGCCAAUUUUUACUGUAAUAAGUAAUGUAUCAUAAUUAAAAAUUAUUUAUUUGGAUUUUUGUUCCUGA